GUCACUGCCUGGAGACCGCACGGCGUCAGGGACACAGAGACUGAGAGAGAGGCACCGUUUCUGUGGUUUUGGAGAGAAGAAAUCAAGGUGGUGCUCUGUGCCUUUCAGGACGGUGUCAGGCAGUCCCUGUGUGACACAGGUGUCUGGGUGGUAACUUUGCAGAGGCUGUCGAGCUCAUCCCAUGGUCCAGAAUCUGGGUGGAGCAAAAGGCGAGCAGUUUUGCACAGCUAUAUUGCAGAUUAUAAACCUGAAUGGGUUGUUUUGAACAAAAAUAUGUCGUCCUUUUCUGGUGGGAAACCAAAAUCAAUCCAGAAGAAGAAAGCGUCUGUGUCUGCACCAGCUGGAUCCACCAUUAAACCACACCCAAGGCCGAGUGACCGGCUUAACCCCAAAACUAUUAAUCCAUUCAGUAAUCCUUUGAGGCAACAAUCUACAUUUGCUGCAGUGUAUGCUAAAGGCGAAGUUCCCUGCAGAUUGUUUCAUGGAUCAGUUAGCCACAGACUUCAAUGGGAGCGACCACCAGAGACUAUUGCCUUUGAUCCUCUUCUUAUUAAUUUAGCUGAGGGAUUAAGAGAAACUAAGCACCCUUACACAUUUGUGUCGAAAGAGGGAUUUAAGGAACUGCUACAGGUUGAAAAUGCUACUGAAAAAGCUAUUCCGUUGGUUCCCAAAUUGAUUCCAGUGCUAAAAGCUGCUCUGGCACAUUCGGAUGCAGAAGUAUUUGAAAGGGGCUUGCAAGCCCUGGUGCAGCUGAGUGGAGUUGUUGGCCCUACACUUAAUGACCACCUGAAACAUCUGUUGACUAGUUUGUCAAAAAGGCUGAUGGACAAAAAGUUUAAGGAGGAGAUUACGGUGGCUCUGCAGAGAUUAGAACAGCAAGGAGGAAGAGAGUCUCUGACCAUCAUCAAAUCCAAAAUUCCAACCUAUUGCUCUAUCUACAACUGAAAGAGGCAAUUUCUUUGUCUGGAGGAAACGAUCUGUGUCCAGAUGGUUAUAGGAUCUUGCAAGGCCUCUGUCUCAUCAUGUGGAGUACUGCUUUUGUUGUCUGUAUUUUUGUGUAUCAAAUCAAAUAAAUAUACUAAUAAAA